AUGAGAAUCUGUCUAUUACACUCUUCGUACAAAGGGUCUGACCACAAGCUCCAGGAGGUCGACACCCAUUACCCUGAUCCCGCCGUGUUUACCAAGCAGCACACCUUCGAGCAUAGGUUUAUAACGAAGAACAAUGCAAACGCUGAGAUAGAUGCCGUCAUUGCAGAGAACUUUGAUUUUUACUUCAAUUUCAUGUGGGGUACUCACGAAGACAAUGUGGCUGGUAUCGAUGCUAGUCGGUACUUUGAAUCACUAAAUCUGCCAUCGGUGGGAAUAAGAAGCUACGAACGCGAGCGUUCCAAGAACGAUUUUUUUGCUGAAGCUAGGCGGCUAGGAUACCCCCGUGUUCCUGGUACCGAAAGGUUUCCGAUGUUUGUCAAACCCGCAUUUGGUUGCUCGAGUCAGUUUAUCGGAGCGCAUUCAGUGUGCCACAAUGCAGAAGAACUUGAACGGACCGUGGACCUGAUGAACAAUAAGAUGCGUGACGUCCGUUUACGCCGAGCCGUUGGGUUGGGCCAGGACCCUGAACUCUAUGCGGACACUCUCGAGAAAGCUGGACGGUACGCUGAUGACAUUGUGGUCCAAGAAUACAUCGAAGGCCAUGACUAUACAGUCACCGUGGUUGCCUUUGGCGAGACUCCGGUCCCACUCAUCCCAGCACGUAUCUCUCAUAUCCAAAUCCCAGGAGAUAAGCAAUAUCUUACUUUCGAAGCAAAAUUCGACCCCGGGACCCAUUACAAGCCACUUGAACAGAAAGAAAACACUGUUCUUUUUCAACAUUUACAGCAAGUUGCCGUAGAAGCAUUCAAAGCGAACCAAAUGCAUACAAACCUGAUGGGCUGUGAUGUCGACAUCCGGGUUCGACCUGACGGACAAGCCUUUGUUAUUGAGGUAAACCCCAUGCCUAUCGCUUUCACACCCCCAGGCGCACCAUUCGAGGAUGCGGACAUAGACGACGAAAUCCCUGGUGGAUGUGCCGCGGCCGUCAACAUUUUUGUCGCGAAUUACUUCUUGAAAAACCCAGACAGACGGGCACAAGUGUCCAAAGUCGCAGGAUCGUACGAUGCAAUGUCCCCAGUCUACGAUGAAGACCACGGUCGAUCAGACCUCUAUCCAAUUAUAAAACAAAUCGUUCAGCUUCUCAAACUUGAAGGAACUGUCCUUGACUUGGGCUGUGGAACUGGUGCCUUCGGAAGACUUCUCUCCGAGAAAUGGACUUCUCAAGGAAGCGACCAAUUCAACAGACUUUAUGGGGUGGACAUUUCAGCGGGGAUGCUUGAAAAAUGCCACAAAGGCGGCUGGUAUCGAGCACUCUAUCUUGAACCAAUCCAGAGCGCUAUCACCAAAAUUGUCGGAGGCGUGGACCAUAUCGUAGCCAUGUCAAUGCUGCAUCAUUUAACACCAGAGGACGUGACUUUUGUUCUUGUCCGCUGUUUUCAGCUUGCUAAAAAAACCAUUACUUUUACGAUUGAUGAGAUUCCAGAUGAAUAUAACGAGGCACUACUGAAGCGUGGUCUACCCCAUAUGCACUCCAACGACCAUAUCAAGAACGUGAAGUUACUAGGAGAACCCAUGGGAUGGCGAAUUAGCUAUCUUCGAAGACAACUAGGAUGGAAAUCCCCGGCGACCGGUGUUCGAGUCUUUAUCACCAUCUUUCAUUUUGAGAGAUUCGAGAUGGAUGAGCCCUUGGUAACAGUAGGGGAACUCGUUCGAUACGGUGACAUUGGGACAGUAGCAAAUGGGCAUUUGAAGGGGACAGAAGAAAAUGGGGUCCGGGUCAAUGGAGCAGGGCCUGUCGAAGCUGGAAAGGUUGUGAGCGUGCAGUUGAAUGGAAAUGGCAUAGGGCUGGAGAAUGGCGACGCUUAA